GGAAAGUUGGUUGAGCGAAGUUAUAAGGCAUAGUAGCUACAAAUUAAAAUGAAUGGUGUAAUUAACAUGAAGCAAAGUUGAAAAAGAAACUCUGUUUUGUUUCUGCAAAGAAAACCUUAUAGCUACAAGUUGUUAUAUAUAGAAUUUAUUCAGCUUUGGAUAGAUCUAGAGAAUUAAGAAGAGAAGAGGAAGAUAAUAUAUAUUAGUGAUGUCAAGAACAAAUAUUGUUAACGAAAGCUUGUUUGAUGAAGAAGAAGAUCAUCACGAGAUCCCUAUGCAGAUGGGGUUCAAUAUUCCUUUCCCUCCAAACAUGACCUUACCUCCUUUGGGUUGCCAUGAUCAAUCUUUGAAAGGUAAUAUAAGUGCAAUGUCUUCUUCACUUUCUCCUCAACCUCCAAAUUUCUCCCAAACCCUACUUGCAACCGUUCUCCAUAAACCACGCCAAUUUGAAGAUCUCACUUCCACUUUUGGAGGAGGAUCCCACCUCCUUUCCUUGAACAGAUCCGGAGUUAAUUCAUGGGCAUGGGGAGAAGUAAGUGAUUGCUUGAUGGGUAAAAGAAGAGAUGAUAAUGAUAAUGAAUUAGGGGUUUCAGCCAUAAAGAUGAAGAAAAUGAAGGCAAGAAGGAAAGUGAGGGAGCCUAGGUUUUGCUUCAAGACAAUGAGUGAUGUGGAUGUGUUGGAUGAUGGAUACAAGUGGAGAAAGUACGGACAGAAAGUUGUAAAGAACACACAGCAUCCAAGAAGCUACUAUCGUUGCACACAAGAUAAUUGUCGAGUAAAGAAACGAGUGGAGCGAUUGGCUGAGGAUCCAAGAAUGGUGAUAACAACAUAUGAAGGAAGACAUGUCCACUCUCCAUCAAAUGAACUUGAAGACUCACAAAAUCAAUCUCAACUUGCUAAUUUCUUCUGGUAGCUAGCUACUAAUAUUUGCAUAUGUAUAUUUUUAUCAAAGAAGAAGGUGUGUGUUGUGUUAUGUUAUGUAGAGAUUAAUAUAUCUAGGAAAUAUAAUGCAUGAUUAUGCAUGUUGUCAAUUUUUACUCUUUUC